AUGGUUUGGCACACAAAGCUGCAUAGUAAUGCCCCCAAUUAUCACUACCAGUGUGGGGUGCCUGACUGCUCACAGAGCACUGCCCCAAGCACGUCAAGCCCUUCACAGCUUGGCAUGCCAUGGUAUGUAGACUUUCGUCUCAACUGGGACCAGGUGUCCUCAGCCAUUCGACUUAGAGUGGAAAAAGAAGAAAGACCAUUGCAAGACCAGAGAAAGGCCUUCGUGGUCGUGCUCGUGGACCAAAUGAUGCAGCACGACCGCAACCCAUCCAGAGCCAUGUGCCACAGCGUUGUGAGAAACGUUGUCAGGAGCCAUUCAAACACAUUUGGCGACAUUGGCAAGCACGGUGAUACUGCUGGAGACGGAUGUCACUCUCUUCUGCAACAAGUAAAAACGAGAGUGGAGUACAAAAAUAGGAAUAAUACUCUUGCUCAACGCCGCAGAGAAGGAAGACCGCGCACGGGAAUGGCAGGAGAGGCCAGACUGGCAAGAGGUCCUGUUGACCAAUACGGGUGUAUGAGGUGGGGCCCAGCCUGCAUCCUGCUGCUCCUAAUGUCGUACUUCAAAGAGCGGAAGGAGAAUUUGAUGCUUGAAGUUGAUCCAUGUGCCACUGCUGUGGACCUUAAUACUGCAGAACUCCCCAGCACCCCCUGUUUGAUCAUUCAAGGUGACAUGAUGAAGCCCUCUGGAUGGCUUAUAUCCAUCGAGGGACAUGUCGUAAUGGGCCCACACCCUUUGUUUUUACACAGAGUAGCUGCUUUCUUCAGCAGCUAUUACGUCUUUAACCUUGAGUAUCCUGCCGCUGGAUCGUCGACGCUGGACUUCAUUCAAAGGUGCUUCUUGGGCAUCAAUCCUGAAAGAGGCUCAAAAGGGAGUCAGUACUGGCUCUACAUUGCUUCCAAACCCACCACUGCCCUACCCCCCACCUCCCGCACCACCUGCCUUGAGGACAUCAGGAGCUGGAUGAGCAGGAAUUUCCUGAAGCUCAAUUGUAGUAAAACUGAGGCCCUGCUCAUCGGCUCCAAAUCCACCCUCACCAAGUCAAAAAACACCCCAGCUCAAAACAUCAUCAUCGACGGCUUCCCCAUACCAUUCUCUGCCCAAGUGAAAAGCCUCGUUGUCAUUCUGGAUGGCUCCCUCUCAUUCGCCCCACACAUUAAAAACAUCACCCGCACUGCCUUCUUCCAUCUUCGGAACAUCUUUAGACUCCACUCAUCUCUGUCCCAACCCAGCACUGGAAUCCUGGUCCACUCAUUCGUUACAUCCCGGAUUGAUUACUGCAAUGCACUCCUGACUGGCCUUCCCACCAAACUCCUUAAUAGACUGCAGAUAAUUCAGAACUCUGCUGCCCGGAUCAUCACCCGCACCAACUCAUCCGACCGACUCAACCCCAUUCUCAUUCAACUACACUGGCUUCCUGUACGAUACCUCAUUGACUACAAAAACAUUCUACUCACAUAUACUGUAAAGUUCCCCAAAACCUAG